GGCUCAACCAGGUGGACUCGGCUUUCAACCGUUGAUGAGCUGAUUGUCCGGACACACACGGCAGUCUGUGUGCAGAUGUUCGGACAUAGAAGCUAUCUAUCUGAAGUGUGUUCGGAGUUCGCCGCCCAUCAAAUGCCCUCUAUGCCCACUUCUGUCCGCUGUCUGUGGCUAGCAUCAUAUUCUAGGACACAGUUGGGCGAGGCGUCCGGGUACCGAUGACAGCCAAUAUGCAAUGGUCGGGCAAGUGCGUGCGUAGCUUAUUGAUGUCUGUACCCGGAUUCGGUGACCACAUUCGAUCGGAAGACUUCCGUCUAUGCGCCCACCUUUCACGUCACUGACGCGUCGCAGGUUCAUCGGCUCAAUCACGCGCAACCGGCGGUUCGUCAAGUCGUACUCCGCCAUGUCCAUCGUCCUCUUCACCGCGUCGCUCGUCUCCUCGGGGCUCUUCCUCUGGACGCUCUACACGGAGAAGAACCUCACCACGGACUGCGUCGUGUCGAACGCGAACAACAACAUCACGAUCGACCAGUGCGACACGCACGUCAGCAAGGCGGGCAAGAUCAUCAUCACCGUGGUCCUCUCUGUCCUGAUACUCGUCCACCUCUGCGAGUCCCACUACCGAGCGCGUUUUGCGGGAAUAUGGGUCGCUGACACCGCUGCAGACAUCGUGGUCGUGAUUCGGCGGUACGUCGAGCAGCUGGAGGACGAGAGUGACCUCUGGCAGGGCCCGUACAAGCUCACGACGACGGACAUCAACCAGAGCCUGAUGCAGACGAAUGUGCCCUACCCGUACGCCGACGGGUUGCACUCGUACGGCAACGCAUAAGCGUGCCCUCUGCGUUUCUGUUCUGCCAUGCUCCGCCCAGGAGCGCGGCGGCCUCCCGCCCGCUACGGA